AUGAACUAUUCAACGGUUUUUCUGUUCUUCGUGUUGUGUUCGAUUGUUGCCGCUUCGCCAUUGUGGUUCGAUGAAGAGGAGCCGAUGAAUUUGAGAGCGUUCCGUGUAAUGCCAAAUCAAUUGGACUCGAUUGAUGUCUCCAGACGACUUCUGAAACGUGGCAGCAGCAGCAUGUUCAACAAACGACGUGGCCGAGAACUCUUUGGAAAACGAUCUACUUCAAUGGAGUAUCCAGAAGAUUCCGUGAUCUACGAGAACCGAUUCAGACGACGUGCCAACGAACUCUUCGGUUAA